GAUUUUUAGUUUUCACUCAUUCAGUGCUGAUGAACUCCACCUACUUGUCAUAGCCUUUACUUUCAGUGUCUCCAAUGACAGUAACGUGUUAACCAGGCAAGUGCCCUAUGGAUUUUUGGGAGGCUGAAAUGGACAUCUGAAAGGAUGAGGCAAGGACAGCCAACUGGGAUCAACAUGAGGAACAAAUUGCAGCUCCAGGCAAUUCCCUUCUUCCUUUUACUUCAGUACACUACAUGUUGUGAAGAUCUCCUGUGUUCUGUGGACUAUGUACAAACUCUGACGUGUGUCCAGAAAACUGACCUCAGUGAGACUUUGUAUAAUCUCACUGCAACUUGGCUCCCUGAAGAAGAGAUGAAAAUUUCUGAGCACUUCUGCAAUUUCCACCAGUCGUCCAGAACUGCUACUCACACUCAGUACACAUGCUUCAUGGACCUGAAGGAUUUCAAUUCUGAUGACAAGUUCAGAGUAGAUGUAACAAAGCUAGCUGAUGGGCAAUACACAACUUCCAAAGCAUGCAGUGAAUUUCUUCUGAGCAAGAACAGUAAUGGCUCCCUGCAGGGGAAGUCAUGUGUUCAGACCUGUCUAGCUACCAACAGUAAUCAGAAGAGUAAAGUGAUCCCAGAGGACGAGCGAAGCGUGGUGCUCCUGCCACUGGAAUUCCAGAGGGGGACAGACUAUGAGUUCCAGGUGCGAGCCAAGCCCCGGCCUGGCUCUGACUACGUGGGGGUUUGGAGCGAAUGGAGUUCCCUGCUAACCCUGAAAACUGAACCUGAGGAGAGCCCAGGAGUGCGAUGGCUGGUGUCGCUGCUCGCCUUUGCUCUGGUCGCUGUCUCCGUCACAGUGUUCCUGACGAAACACCAGAGCAUAUGGAAAAAGCUGGGGGUUUUCAUCCCGGAUCCUGCUCCCUUUUUCAAACCACUUUACGUGGUACACAACGGAGAUUUCAAGAAAUGGGUUGGUGCAUCCUGUACCAAAGCAACACUGGAUUUCUUUGAGUGGGGGAUUGUCCUUCCAGAAGUUUUAGAAGUUUACAGCAAACACCUUUCCCACAACACUGCUGCUGAGGAGCUGAAAGAACUCAAUAAAGAUCACCCUCGCAAGACCUGCGUGUCUUGCCUGGCCAUGCACGGUCAGGACAGCCAGUCCCAUCUGUCCAGUUUGAACAGUAGCAGUGGGAUACAGGACCAGUCAUAUGGUCAUCUCUCUAUUGACACCGUAACUGUGGCUGAUGAAUUUACACCUUGUUACUCACAAUGCAACUGUAACAAUGCUCACAGGGAUCAUGAGCAUCUGGAUGCUGAUGGAGAGGAUGGCUACCCCAAGGUUAAUCUUGACGGCGAUAACAGUGAAAUUUCCAGCAGUUUGCCUCUGGCUGCCCUGAGUGCACAAGAUAACAUAAUUUCCUCGGGCUCCGUGUCUAUGGAGCACUCAUGGAGGAAUGCAAGUCCCUCGGUGCACCAUCUGAUGGCAGAGGCCCUGGGAGGAGGGAUGGGGAGUAUUUUAGAGGCCCUUUGCCUGCAUCAUGAGCAGUGGGAUUUAGAAAGUCCAGCUUCUCUGCCUUCUCCAGAUGGUGAAAGUGUUUCCUAUAGCGAUGGCCCUUACGACUUUUUCUCUCCUAAUACACGAACUGGUGAUGGUUACCCAGCAAUUUGCCUAGAUUUAGACACCAUUGACAGUGGAUUUGUGGACUCAGAUUGUGGGAGUCCAAUCGAGUGUGAAUUUGAGAAAAGCAGUCAGACCAAUUCAGGCUGUAGUUCUGGAUCCAUCACACUCGAAAAUGAAGGAGAGGACUUCCCACGGAGUUACGUCAAACAGUGGGUCUCCUGUCGCUCUGCCACACCACCCACUGGGACGCAGACAAACUAAGGAUUCAUGCUCCUUGCCAUUUCCAAGCCUGUGCACUAAUACAGGAGCCCAGAAAAACUAUGCAGCACAACGGGAACAGAACCAAAUUUGUUUAGUGCAAGCAGCCUGUAUCUCAUGCAACUUAAACUAGCAGCUGCACAGAAAUUUGCCUUUUUCUACUCCUAUCCACCCUAGGUUCAUGUCACAUCAGAUCUGACAUGAUCACUUUUUGACAGCUUCUCUGGUCAGAGUGGUGCACACUGAGCUAUGGAAUUUCAUUUCUUCCAUGCAGGAAAAGCAGCUGCACCCUGGGAAUGGACCUUUAGCUUGGGGAAAUGCACAAGAUUUUGAAGCCAUGUUUAUAAAGAGAAUAUGAAACUUUCAAAUGACUCUUCCUCACUAGUCUCACUUGGCCUGAGAGUUUGGUGGCAUUUAGAGCUUUUGUAAGCAUCAUCACCCAAAUUUUAGGUGUGCAAGAAACUGAGCAGAACUCAAGUUUCAGGGCUAAGUUCCAGUCAGGCAUGACUGUAUAUUCUGCAGACCAGAAUCUUACUCCCUCAUUCUUUGAACCUACAUCUUAAUGUCAUAGUUUCUCAGCAAAGCAACACCUUCCAACUCCAGACAAAUUCUCACCGCUUUAGGGGCUGCCUCUUUAAGCAACAUCUUUUAAAAUACCUUCUAAGCAUGUUAAUUAUAGCAUUGUAGCGGCUUGUAGAUUUAUGCAAGAAAUGCAGGGACUAUCUGUCUGUCUGUCUGUCUGUCUAUAAUGAAGCCCUGACCCAGGCCUUUGGGCACUACUGCAGUAUAACUGUUCACCUGGACUAAACCUGGACUGUUCCUGCUUGUGAUAGAGCCACUGCACUGGGACAUGACACAUGCACUGGGAUCAGGAAAAAAUUUGCCUCUGGGUGUUUCAUGAUUGCAUUUUGUGUUAAUGAGGAUAACUGCAUUGUAAAGUUAAUAUAAUAUUGUUAGUGAGUGUAAGGGCCUAGGCCUGCAGUCUGCUACAUUUCCAGUGUAAUAAUCCUGUUCUGUCUGUGAUACAAAUAAACUCCUCCUU